AUGGACGCUCUGCUUGACAAGCACUUCCAGCGCGUCGAGACCGCCCUCAACACCCUGAUCGACUCCAUCGCCUCCUACAAUCCCUCGCAGCAGGCCGUCGUCGACCUGGUCGCCGCCGACGAUGAGCUCAGCCGCGGUCUCGAACAGCUCGCCGCACACCAGGCCAACUACCAGCGCAUUCUGGCCCUGCGCCAGACCGCUGACGCCCUGGACUCCCAGGUCAAGUCCACCCUGAGCCUGCUUGCCGACACGCGCAAGGAACUUAUCGCCACCCCCGCCACCGGUCCCGCCCCCAAUGCCCGCGACGUGACCACCGCCGAGCUGCUGGCCUACGCCAAACACAUUGGUAAAUUCACCGUGCCGCCAAACUUCCGCCCUCCACCGCGCAAAGAGGACGCAGCCGCGUCCGCGCAAGACAAAGCCGACGAAGAUGUCACCAUGACGAACGGCGCCGCCGCGGCCGCCCCCGAACCCCAACAGACCGAGGCUACGGAAGAAGAGACUCGCACCAUGGCCACCCUCAACGCGGAGCAGAAGGCCUGGCUAGCCGGCUUGGGUGCUUUGCCGUGGUUUCCGUGGCCUACUGAAGACAAGAUCCGGCAGGGCGCGUUGGGUCAGAUCCAAACCAUGGUGGAGCAGGGCAAGGAUCCGACGACGGUGCUGUCACCCGAGGAGCAGGAGGAGCGGGCGAGGAAGGCUGCGGAAGAGGAAGAGGAGCAGCGGCAGGAGGAGGAGAGGCGUAGAGCCGAGAUGGAUCAGAGGCGCAGGGAAAUGCACGCCUCGCGAAACAAACCCGACGGACAAGGCGAGCAACCGGCCGUCUUUGGAGGAUUAGAUCUUUACUAA